UUUAUAAAUUUACAGACCCGAAAAGGACUAUAAUCAUUGAAGGUUUUCCUAAGGCAGGGAUGAGAGACAUCAAGACAUAUUUCUUACACCAUUUGACCGCGGGACUUCCAUCAGAUUCUGCGGGGAAAGGAAAAUAACAAAGUUCGAAUUUCUCGGUUUUGAAAAUGCGUUUAAAAUCACAUGACAUAAAACAUGAUUGCUAUAAUGUUGUGCACUUUGAUUUAUACAGUAGUACGGACAGAAGAAGACCUCUUUAUUCAGUGGGGACAAAACUCAGCAGUGAUCAACUUUAACGGGAAUCAUUACAUUGGAAUAUGGCUGUCUAGUGACAGGUUGGUUACAAGAUACACUUAUUUUUUUGGAUUAAGUUUUCACUUUGUCAACACAAAGACCAGAGUUUGGCUUGGAAUAGAUCCUAAUGUAGAGUACGAAAUUCAAGAACUGAUCCCACACCCAGAAUUCAAUAAACACUAUAAAAAAGGUGUUUUUGUACUCAGUUUCGUCCCCACUGCAAAUUACUGCAUUAUUAAAGUAAAUAGGAUUUUCAAACCGAUGGAGUACUUGGCUUCUUACUUUUUAAUGGAUCGGCGAAAGGACUGGCCCAUUCAGAUUAUCGAUUCAGACUUGGAAGAGGUGCUCGAUGACAUGGAAGAAAAACGUCAAUUAGUUACUGUUGUUAAUCUGCCUACGAAACAAGUCAAACCCGUACCUUUUUCUUUAGAAGGAAAUUUAUUGCCAUUUAAUGAAUGUAUGAAAGAAAUAUGUGACAAAUCAAGUAAGAGCGAAAUGUGUACUACGUUGAAAACUAUUAGCGAAAUAAGUGUAGACAGAUAUCGAUGUCUUAAACUUCUCAAAGGUGCGUGUUCUCAAUUCACGUUUUACGUAACUCUAAAUUUCACCAACUUAGGAAUGGGAAAUUUGUGCAUGGACGAAAUAUUGGGAUAUUCUUCUUUUGAUAACCAUUUUCAUUUCAUUCUUUCGCAUGGAUUAGGUAUAACAAGUGGGACUUGUGACAAAAGGAUUUUAGGCGUCACAAAAAUAUUGAACGCAAUUUUUUCGACAAUACUCGUAUUACAUUAUUACUCGUAUUGUAUUAACACCUGUCAUGCUGUUUCUUUAAUAAAUAUAGUAUAUCAGUUUUUUUAAAUUGUAAAUUAUUUUGAACUCUGACGUUAAAUGUUGAACUUUAAAAUUUAGGGUUUGUUUUCUUUUUUGUUUUUUUGUUCUGGCCUAGAGCGGUAGCCAUAUCAUCAAUAGAGAAGAUAAGAGGUCAGCGACGGGGUAGACCAAAUAACUGCGCAGGAGGGUCAUCGAGUACUACUUUUUCCCUUUACGCCCAGAUGGAAAUAAAUAGAAUGGAAAAAAUUGCAUCAUUUAUUUAUCUCUAUAACUUUAUAUGAAUUAUACACAACCAGCAGAAUGGAUUUAAUUUUGAUAUGUGACAUUAAUAUAGAGGAAGCUAACCAUUGGCAUCCGCUCUGGAUUAAUGAUUUAAGAGGCCUCUUGAAUGGAAAAUUAAAAUAACUAUUACAACUCGAUUUUGUUUCUCCACGAAAGUGGAAAUUUAUUUACCUGGCAAUGUAGGGAAUUUCCGUCGGAAAUUUGUAAAAUUUGUAAAGCGGAAUAUGAACAAAGCUUUAACGAAGGUUCUUGGGCGAUGGAUAACCCGAGAUCUUUAAGGUUGAAUCUCAGCAUAAAGUCGUUCCUUUCCUUGUUUAUAAUCUCAUACAUUUUUAAUAUUUCUAAGUGGACCCAUGUUUAAAGUUG